GGCGGCUGUUGCGGGCGGGGGAGGGGGCCAGGCACCGAGCCAUGAGGAGCUGGGGAGUGCUGGGGGGCGCGGCCGCGGCGCUGGCAGCCGGGAUUUACGUCCUGUGGGGCCCCAUCAGCGGCAGGAAACGGCGCCGGAGAGGGCUUGUCCCUGGUCUCCUGAACCUGGGCAACACGUGCUUCAUGAAUUCCCUGCUCCAGGGCUUGUCCUCCUGCCCCUCCUUCAUCAGGUGGCUGGAGGAGUUCACCACCCAGUACACGACAGAGCAGGAACAUAAUCAACAUCUGUCAGUGACUUUGCUGCAGCUCCUGAGAGUUUUAUCGUGCCAGGAGGUGACAGAGGAUGAUGUCCUGGAUGCCAGCUGCCUGCUGGAGGUGCUGAGGAUGAACAGGUGGCAAAUCUCCUCCUUUGAGGAGCAGGAUGCCCAUGAGCUGUUCCAUGUGCUGACCUCUUCCCUGGAGGACGAACGGGAUCGGCAGCCCCGUGUGACCCAUCUGUUUGAUGUGCAUUCCCUGGAGCAACCAGAAAUAACCCAAAAGCAAAUAAGCUGCAGGACAAGAGGAUCUCUUCCCCCUGUGUCCAGCCACUGGAAAUCUCAGCACCCUUUCCAUGGAAGGCUGACCAGCAACAUGGUCUGCAAGCACUGUGAGCACCAGAGCCCUGUGAGGUUUGACACCUUUGACAGCCUCUCCCUGAGCAUUCCAGCAGCUGUGUGGGGUCGUCCCACAACCCUGGACCAUUGCCUCCAUCACUUCAUCUCCUCAGAGUCUGUGAAGGAUGUUGUGUGUGACAACUGCACCAAGAUCCAGGCAGAAGGAAUUCUGAAUGGACAGAGCAUAGAAAACCAGAGAACAACAUUUGUUAAGCAGCUGAAGUUAGGAAAGCUGCCCCAGUGUUUGUGCAUCCACCUGCAAAGGCUGAGCUGGUCCAACCAAGGCACUCCCCUGAAGAGACACGAGCACGUCCAGUUCAACGAGUUCCUGGUCAUGGACAUCUACAAAUAUCGAGUUCCUGGUCCCAAAUCCAGCCAGAGCAGCUUCAGCCAGAAAAACCUGGAGGAGACAACCCCUGGAAUAAAGGAUGGGAGAGCAGGGAAAGCUUCAGAUGCAGAACAACCAGCUGGUACCAAACCUCUCUUCAUGAAUGGUGCCUCCUCUUCCACAUUUUUAAUGUCCCCAGGAACUUUCCCACUUGCUGCAUUCUCUGAGUGCAGGGCCCCUCUGUACCUGUACCGCCUGAUGGCCGUGUGGUGCACCAUCGGGGACAUGCACUCGGGACACUUCGUCACCUUUCCGGCGCGCUCCCGGGCGCCCGCGGCAGCCAAGUGGCUCUGGAUCUCGGACGAGUCCGUGCGCAGGGCCAGCCUGCACGAGGUGCUGGCUGCCAGUGCCUACCUGCUGUUCUACGAGCGUGUGCACGGCCGGGCCCAGCCCCAGAGCCCCGCCCAGGACUGAGCUUGUCCCUCCUGCCGAGCUCCCCCUGCUCUCUGCAGCCUCCCUGCCCCGUGCUGGCAGCCGGGAGUUGUGGUUUGUACCCAGAUCCUGCUGUGCCACCCCGGUGUGUGUUGAGUUUUUCUGCCUUGUCCCAAGGCUCUGUUCUGUGUCCUCACACAGCACUUUUCCCAUGGAGAUGCUUUAUCCCACACAUUUCACUUCCCAAAGGGGGAGCCCUGGAAAGGGUUGAUGUUAGAAGAGCCCUUCCCCUCCCCUGGCACUUCCUCCAUUUUGCACCAGCCCCUCCAGGUUCCCUUCCCUGUGCAAUGGUACCUAAAUUCCCAUGGCUCUCCUUGAGAAGCCUUUGUCUGUCAGGCAGGGGUUUUGUCCCAAAGCUCUAUUCCCAAUGUUUGUGUUUGAGAAGCCUUUGUCUGUCAGGCAGGGGUUUUGUCCCCAGGCUCUACUUCCCAAUGUUUGUGUUGAGGAAGCCUUUGUCUGUCAGGCAGGGGUUUGUCCCAGGCUCUAUCCCCAGUUUUUCCCAGCUGGGAGCCCUGGGAGGGGGCGAUGGGGAAGCUGCUGUUGGCAAAGGCAAUGAUUUAAGACACAAAGUGCCUUGAGCUUCCCUGAACAGCUUGCAUUGCCACUGGCCCAGCCCUCUGCAUGCCCACUGUGUCCCUGGGAAUGCCUCACAGCCAUGGGAUGAACUCAUGGAAUCACAUUUCUCCUGUCCUGUCAACAUCAAGGCAUCUCCACAAACAGCCCUGGUCCAAAAGAUUUCCCUGCUCACAACAAUUUUCCUCCUAAUUUUCUCCUUUGUAAAGUCCUUCUCCUGAUUUAAAUUGCUUUAUCCAGGAGAUAAUUUUGUAUCUGUUAAGAGCUGAAACCUUAAUUUAUUUCUCCAUACCUUGGAAUAUAGCUGGAAUCAGCACAUGGAAGUGUUUUGCUAGUGCUCAGUGUUGUCAUUUCCUUCAGCACUGUUGAAUCCAGUUGUUUGUAGCAUCAACUACAACUUUUAAUGCUGUGAUUUUCCAAGCUGCUGUAACUAUUCUAGACUUGCUCUUCCCAUUUUAUUGCUGGAAUCUGCUUAUUCCCAGCAUUGGGAUCUGUGACUCCUGGCUUGGCAGCUGAGCUGUAGAGCAGCCCCUGGCCUUGUUAAAUGGAAUAUAAACAACAAAGCUGGUGGGCAUUUACUGGUCUCAUGAAGAAAUCUGAGAAUCCUGCAUCAGCUCCAGGCUGCCCUGUAAAUAGAAAUAAGGGGAAUUCUGCUGCUCUGGGUUGUUUGAUGUGGAAAAAAAAAAGAUUAAAAAAAAAUCCCAAAGCACAGAGGGAGAAGCAGCAAAAAUUCCUCCUUUAAAAACCUGCUUUUAAAUGACCGGGAAUAAAAUAUGUAGUUUGUUUUUAGCUCUUUCUGUCCUUGUAAGCUUGGAGGAGAAAAAAAUCCCUCAUCAGACAAGCUUUUUUCAAUGUGAAGUUUUCAAAUAACAACUGUCUUAAAUAGUUUUUUAGGGCAACUUUGUACCUCAUGAAUUCAUAGUGCUGCCCAAAGCUCGGGGGUGUUCACACUUCCUCAGGAGAGGCUCCAAACCAGCCAAAGCAGGAGUGGUAAAAGAGUGGAUAUGCAAAAUUAUUUACACAGCUCAUCAUUCCAGAGCCUGGAGCACAAUUCCUGGCCCAGGUAAUGCUCAUAGUACAUAAAUAUUGAUAAAUCCACUGCUGGACUGGGACUUGGUUUGUGGCUGUGCUGUACAAGCAGUAGUUUGGUUUUAAACCUGUUUUAAGUUAUAGAAAACCAAGAAAACAAAACAAAACAAAUACCUGAAGGAUGCAAAAUGCCAAAAAUUUGCUCUGGUUGAAGGGAGAGCUGAGAGAGCUGGAGGAGGAGCCAGCCUUCCCUCCUGGGAGCAAUUUAAAACCAUCAUCCCAACAUCUCCCUCCAGCAGCUCUGCCCCUGCAGCUCAGAACUGAAACCAUUUCCAGGGCCAGCAGGGGCUGUCCUGCAUUCCCCACACUCAGUGCUCUGCUUGGGGCUUUUCCUGCAUUUGGGAGUUCAGCUGAGCCCCCCUUGGCUUAGUUGUGCUGGAGGAGGGGCAGAGGACACGCACACUGUGGACUGAAAUCUGAAAUCUGGCAGCUGGGACAGGGACAAAGUCACCUCUCCUGCACAGCCAGCAAGUUUUCUUUUGUCAAGAGCUGUUUCCCUGGGCUGUGGAUUAACUCUGGAUCUCCCUCAAGGGCUAUCAAGGGAGAGUUGAGCCUUUUUUCUGGCUUUGCCUGGUUGGGAGGUGUAGAUGGGCUUGGCUUAACCCUCAGGUGAGGAAUGGAGCAAAGCUCAGCACCUCAAUCCUGGCCUUGAGCUGUGCCAGAUCCUUCCCUGUGAGCUGGGGAAUCUGUGCAGGGCUUUGGGAGCUCAUCCUCCCCUCUGGAGGCCACUGGGAUCUGUUUUCCAGCCAAGCCUCCCCUCUGGAGGUCACUGGGAUCUGUUUUCCAGCCAAGCCUCCCCUCUGGAGGUCACUGGGAUCUGUUUUCCAGCCAAGCCUCCCCUUUCUGGGAGGACUCCAUGCAGCCACAAGGCUCAAACUUGUCCCUCCCAAGCUGCCAUGGUGGAAAAGUUGUAAAGAAUAAUAAGUUGUAAAGAAUUAAGAGCUCCAAGAUGACAUCUCUGUGUUUGGAUUAUUCUUGUGUUUAUUUUGUGUGUUAAUUUAAAAAUGUCUGUUCCAGUCCAAGCACUGCACUGCUGUUGGAAGUUGCUUUUUUUCCACUUCAGGGUAUUUUUGUAACUGUACAGUAGCAAUAAAAGAACAAACUUGGUAGAAAAA